CAUUAGACAUGUGUACGGAAGUGAAGCGAAUUCAAUUUCAGGAAAACCGCAAAAUACCGUGCAAAUACGUGAAGUGGUGGAUCGGGUCCCCUUCUUUUAUUGCUAGAUACUGCCGAUACUCUUAGCCUUUUUUUAACAAUAUCUUAAAAAUUAUGACAGCGCUGAAGCCGCUCCGAAUAUCGCGUGUUCUGUAGUUUUGUAGGGCUAGCUAGCUAGCCAGACGAGGAAGUAUUCACAAUGACAGCUAAAGAUGUGCUUGAAAAUGCCACAGCGCUCGCGUCAUACAAUGUUUUGCUUCAGGUGAUGUUUCGUGUUCUCACCUUCCUUCUGAAUGCCUUCACCCUCCGCUUUGUGUCCAAGGAGCUGAUCGGUGUGGUUAAUGUCAGGUUGACGCUACUCUACUCAACCUUGGUCUUCCUGUCCAGAGAGGCCUUCCGCAGGGCCUGCUUGAGUAGCAAGACUGAGCACAACUGGAGACAGAUCAUCAACCUGCUGUGGCUGACGGUGCCGCUGGGUGUGCUGUGGGCGUCUGUGCUGGGCUGUGUGUGGCUGUGGCUCUUGGAGGCUCCGGAUCCCCAGGCCAUCCCCCACUAUGGCCCUGCCGUGGGCCUCUUUGCCCUGGCCGCUCUGCAGGAGCUGCUGGCUGAGCCCCUCUGGGUGCUGGCCCAGGCCCACAUGUUCGUGCGCCUCAAGGUGGUGGCGGAGAGCUUGGCCAUGGUGGCACGGUGCGUGCUGACCAUGGUGCUGGUGGUGUGGGCCCCGCAGUGGGGGCUCUACAUCUUCUCUGCAGCCCAGCUGGUGUACACUGGGUUCCUGGUGAUGUGCUAUGCUGUAUUCUUCCUGCGUUUUCUGAGCUCUGGGGAGGCUGAGAGACAGGCCUUCCCCCUGUGCCGCGUGGGUGAUCUACUGCCGUCAAGAGUAGGCGGGGAGUCAGUGGUUAACUCAAAACUGGCCAGACUGACCUGGAGCUUUUUCAAGCAGUCUUUUCUGAAGCAGAUCCUCACUGAAGGUGAGCGCUACGUAAUGACUUUCUUGAACGUGCUGAACUUUGGGGACCAGGGAAUAUAUGACAUUGUGAACAACCUAGGGUCCAUGGUGGCUCGGUUUGUGUUCCUGCCUAUUGAGGAGAGCUUCUAUGUGUUCUUCGCCAAGGUGCUAGAGAGGGGAAAGGAGGUCCAGCUCCAGAAGAGAGAGGAGGUUGCCAUGGCAGCUGAGGUGUUGGAAUGUCUCCUAAAAUUUGUGCUUGUGGUUGGCCUGAUCAUCACUGUGUUUGGCUACGCCUACUCUUACCUGGCACUGGACUUAUACGGGGGAUCUCUGCUGAGCAGUGGAACAGGUCCCAGUCUGCUGCGCUGCUACAGUGGUUAUGUGCUCCUGCUUGCUGUGAAUGGAGUGACAGAGUGCUUCACCUUUGCUGCCAUGAGUAAAGAGGAGGUGGACAGGUAUAACCUGGUGAUGCUGGGGCUGUCCGUGUCCUUCCUCUCCCUGUCCUACUUCCUGACCUGGUGGCUGGGCAGUGUUGGCUUCAUCCUGGCUAACUGCCUGAACAUGGGCCUGCGCAUCAGCCACAGCCUGUUCUUCAUCCGCCGCUACUUCCUGCACAGCCCCUGGACGCCGCUGCGUGGCCUGAGCCCCUCCCCCGUGCUGCUGCUCGUCCUGGCCCUCAGCGCCGGCCUCACCGCCCUCUCAGAGGGGGCGUUGUGCUGUGACAGAGGCUGGGCGUUGAGACUGACUCACGUGGGCGUGGGCGCGGUCUGCCUGCUGGCGGUGCUGGCCACGGUCGUCUUCACAGAGACCAAACUCGUUCACUUCAUCCGAACACAGCUGCUGUCUCGGUACACCAAGAAAGAGGCCUAGGGAAGAAAGUUUGUGAGGAAACGAGGCAACAGAGAGAGUUUUAGAUUAAAGGCUCGGAAGGCCGUCGCAGAUCAAAGGACCCCAUGCACAGCAGCGGUCUGCCACCUCCAAAUAUCCCUGUGGUCACCUACCCCACACCAGAGACCAGGGCUGGAGGGUGGAGCCUGAAGAGCCGGGAUGGAGGAGCUUGUUCCAGGAGUUCUGCUGUUACAGAGGGCUGCACCCGGCCCAUUCUCCCAUCCACAUUCACAGGCCUGGACUGUAAUUCCCGCACUGAUUAAGACUGGGCUUAAAUGUUAUUCGGUGAUACGUGGUGUCGUAAUUGGACCACUGAAUAUAAUUUAUUAUCUAUUCACUAUAUAUUUUUAUUCAGUAAAUGAUACCAGUCAAAUAAUUUUCCUGUGAACACAAUAUUAUUUUUUUAAAGAAAUUGUUUGAUGAAAUAGUAUUUCAGAUCACACAGAUGGGUCUGUAUUUCUGUAAUCUUUUUGGAAGUUUUAGUUGAUGGUGAUUUAUGUACUUUGGACCAGCAACCUAGAUGCUAAUUGGUACAUUUAUAAUGAAUGAAAUACUGUAGGUUUGUGAAUUAGUUUCUUCAGUUUUCCAAAGGAUGGAGCUGUUUCAUUUCAUAAGAACAUUCUGGUAUUUCAGUUACUGCUUGCAUAGGCUGAAACUGAAUUGUAAUCCCAAUCAAGAAGAGAUGGAACUGGCUAAACAAACUCCCUUUGUGGAUAAAUGGGCCACUGUUUCAACUAAUAUAAGGUGGUAACUGUGCUUUUCCACAAAUGAAGUUAUGGAAGCUCUGAAAAAGGA